GUCAUAAAAUCGCUCGGUUUUAGUUUCCCAUAAAUGCUGGGAAAGAACUCAGUCCGCAAUGCCUAUCUAAAACUGCGACUUUGGCGUUGGCUUUUUGUGCAUGGCUUUAUCAGCGGCUCCAGCCUGGGCCAUCUCCUCCUUGGCCGCGCUAAGAGCCAGGCGAAUUCUAAUUCUAAUUUCUGCAACGCAGCUGCGCGCCAAGUCCAGAGCGUAGAUCCCAGUACCCGGUAUCCAAGUAUCCAACUAUCCAAGUACCCAGCCUCCAAACUGGCUAACUGCGAACUGCAGGCCUUGGACCAGGUCCAGUCCUUAGCUCCGUUGGUGGCGCUGUUGGUGUUCAUUACGCAAGAGGUGAAUGCACCGCCCGGCACUUGCUGGGAAUUGGAAUUCUGGAAGCUGAGAGCUGCUAGCUGCUAGCUGGACCCUGGAAUCUGGAGUCCGCAAUCCGACCAGGCAGCGAAUCAAUGAACUAAGCUAGUUUCGCGGCUGCGGCAAUUAAAAAUCCGCUCGAGUGUCAUAUGCAAACAUGUUUUCGGUGUUUUCUGCGGGUCGUCCAAUAGCAUUUGCUAGAAAUAUGCAAAAAUCGAAAUAGCAAAGGUCAGCGGAUUUGAAGGCUGUUCUCAUGCAGCGCGUUCCAAAUCCGAAACCAAAACCAAAUCCGAACUGCGCUCCGAACUCUCGAGACGGCGAGAUUCAUUAACCAAGUUAAUAAUUAAAAAUAAAAUCAGGGACACAGAUCGAUCGAUCUGCGACCGGCUUGCAGUGACUUCGCAGCGACUUGGCCAAAAUUUAUUACAUUUCAAACAAAGGCAAACAAAAAGCCAAGACACCAGUAAAGGCAGAAACGCAGCGAGAUAUAUAGACUUCCGUAUUUGCCAAAUUGUUGUUGCCAUUGCCGUCUACAAUAAAUUACGACAACUUGAUGGUAUGAUGAGGGGUGAAUCAGGGGGAGGGGGGUGCUCGAGGGCAGUCGCGCAUAAUUUUGGCAAACUUAGCGAAUCGAGCGAAGGUUUUUGUUUUUUUGGCUUGGAACGAGGCCCCGCUAGACCAGUUUUUAAAUUACAUGCAAAGCAUUCCAAAUGCAAACUAAAACAUUUAUUUCUGUUUCAUUCGAUUUCGUCGCCCGUCUCGUCUUCCUGCGCUAAAGUGUAUCUAAACUUUAGACAAAAUGCAAACAGCAUAAAACACACAAAGAAAACGGUCGAAUAAAAAAAAGCAGAGCAGAAACAAAGCAGCCAAAAAUCGCACAUUUUUUCCUACUUUUUUUUUUUUGUUUUUUGCAAACUAAAAUUUAUUUCAAGGGCAAAUGCGCGAAUUUUUUUUUGCGAGUUCUCUAUUUUUUAUUCUCCUUGCACUGCGUCGUCAUCGGGUCUUUGAUACCCUAACUGCGGGCAUAUGCCAACUAUUAUUAUUAAUAAUAAUUAAUCAAAAAUUAACUUAUGACAUGAAGUGGAUCUUCUUUGUUUGCAUUCAGUACAUUUUAUAAAGCAUAUUUAAUUCUUUCGUUUAAAAAACAGGUUUAUUAUGAGCGCAUCUUGCGUUCCAUGCCACUUUUGAUGUUUCUCCUGCCCAUUUUAAUUUUUCGCCUAAUACUUUUAAUAAAUUGCCCGGCGCCAAGCCCAGGCACUUCGCUUUUUUCGGCGAAAACUCAACUGAAGCGCUUUA